AUGAAAUUGAAAUUGCUGGUAUAUUACAUGUACAAUACCGGGCAUCUGCUCUACAUUGUAUCAUUCUAUAUCAAAAUGGCCACAGUGGUUCAAAACCCUCUGAAAACACAGUCCAGUGGAGCUGUUUUAAAAAACAGCCUGGGGGAGGAGUUCUACCGCGAGGCCAUCGAGCACUGCCGCAGCUACAACGCCCGCCUGUGUGCCGAGCGCUCCAUGCGGCUGCCCUUCCUGGACUCCCAGACAGGUGUGGCCCAGAGCAACUGCUACAUCUGGAUGGAGAAGACACACCGCGGCCCAGGUCUGGCCCCUGGGCAGCUGUACACGUACCCGGCCCGCUGCUGGCGCAAGAAGAGACGGCUAAACAUCUUGGAGGACCCUCGACUCGGACCCAUAGAGUUCAAAAUCGACUACGAGGCGGCCCUAAAGAAGGAGGGUGUGGUGCCUGAGGGCCCAGUGCUGGAGUCUCUGCUGGCUGGAGAGACGCUGGACAAGAAGGUGGAGACCAAGGAGGAGGAGCCUAUGAGCGAGUGUCAGAAGCUGCUGGUGGGGGACUUCCCUCACGAGCUGGACGUGGAGGAGAUGGAGGACGACGUGCCCAAGCGCAAGAACCGCACCAAGGGCCGGGCCUGUGGUGUUGGUGGCAUGAGAAAGAGGCAGGAGCCAACCUCCAUAGAGGACAGGGACAAGCCAUACGUGUGUGACAUCUGUGGUAAGCGGUAUAAGAACCGUCCAGGCCUGAGUUAUCACUACACUCACACACAUCUGGCAGACGAAGAGGGAGAGGAGGAUUCCGAGCGCCACACGCUACCGUUUCAGCGCAAGAAUAACCACAAACCCAAGAAAGCUGCCGACGGCUCGGUCAUCCCGAACGGCUACUGCGACUUCUGCCUCGGAGGGUCCAAGAAGACGGGCUGUCCCGAAGACCUCAUCUCCUGUGCGGACUGCGGUAGAUCAGGCCACCCCUCCUGCCUGCAGUUUACGGUCAACAUGACGGCGGCCGUGCGAACCUACCGCUGGCAGUGCAUCGAGUGCAAGUCCUGCAGCCUAUGCGGCACCUCCGAGAAUGAUGAUCAGCUUCUGUUUUGUGAUGAUUGUGACAGAGGUUACCAUAUGUAUUGUCUGAGCCCCCCAAUGGCUGAACCUCCUGAGGGGAGCUGGAGUUGCCACUUGUGUCUGCGGCAGCUGAAAGAGAAGGCGUCGGCUUACAUCACUCUGACCUAAGCCACCGGAGCCACACAUCCUCUCCCCUCCUCUCAUGACAUCGGCCCACCAUUCUGUUGCCAUGGUAAAAAUACGAUGGCACAUCCAAAGAGAUAUCUCCACCUCUCCUCUACCUUGAGCCUCUGAAACGAUUUUUUUCCCCCACCGCCCAUCACAACCCAGCACUUCAAGAAAGGCAAGCCUUGUCACACCCUCCAACUGACGGGUGAGAGUACUUUUUUUUUUUCCACGCUUGAGAGAAUGCAUCUCCAUCUGGGCUUGCCCCCAGGUUUCCACCAGUAUUAUUAUUUUUUUCUUCCCCUGAGCUGUUUGCC